AUGGUGAUAAGGGCUCGCUCCACUCGAUCCCAUCCAUCAUUUAAACCAACCACCACCCUCUUCGCGUUGUUAGAGCGAUUCCCCGAAGAGCGCCAGGAACUCGCAACAAUGCUUAUCCCUAAGGACGACCGCAAGAAGAUCCACGAGUACCUCUUCCGCGAGGGUGUACUCGUGGCCAAGAAGGACUUCGAGUCCAAGCAUGGCGACAUUGACACCAAGAACCUCUACGUGAUCAAGGCCCUCCAGUCCCUCAACUCCCGCGGCUAUGUCAAGACCCAGUUCUCGUGGCAGUACUACUACUACACCCUCACCCCCGAGGGUCUUGACUACCUCCGUGAGUGGCUCCACCUCCCCGCUGAGGUUGUCCCUGCCACCCACAUCAAGCAGCAGCGUUCCCACGCUCCCCCUCGUGGUAUGAUGGGUGGUGAGGAGCGUGAGCGCCGUCCCCGUCCUACCCGUGAGGGUGGCUACCGCCGCCGCGACCAGGAGAAGGAGGGUGGUGCUCCCGGCGAGUUCGCCCCUAACUUCCGUGGUGGAUUCGGCCGUGGCCGUGGUGGUGCUCCCUCUUCUUAA